GCGCGCUCCCAGGUCGGGACGGAAAAGAAUCAGAGAAGAAGCACGCGGCGGGCGCGCGACGGCGAGCCUGCGCACAUCAAGGAAGAGGAGAGGUGAGGCUGCGGAGGAAAAACGACUCAGAGGAAGAAAAGCCGGAGAAAAAGACGCGCCGUGGCAAUGACAACAUCAGGCGUCUGGUAGACGGCACCAGCGAGGGACUCGGCGGAUCCGGGGCUCGCACAGGCCCGUGUUUGUCCGAGGAAACGCCGCGGUGUUCGGGCAUGCUGGCUGCCCUGUAGGCUCCGGGAUUGUCGGCUCAUUGAAAAUGGAGCGGCGGCGGAGGAGAGAGUCGCGCCGUCUCCAUCUGUGAAGGCGCGUCCACCUGCUACCAGGCCCGGGCUGCUGCUGCCGCUGCUGCUGCUGCUGCUGAGGCUGGGGGCUGGGGGCAACAUGACGGGGAAGUGUUUGCAUCUUUGGUAGUGUCCACGACUCUGGAGAAGGAUCCUACUGCGACGCCGCUUGGAGACACCAACCCGCUCUGGAGGUGGUGCAGUCCGAAUGAUGUGUAGGAAGUGCGAUGCUGAACCGUAUUGAUGGAUGUGUUAACAGACAGCAGUCUUUCAUUGAUCGUGAAGACUUCCGAAGCAGAGAAUGUAAACAAAGCUGAGAUUACAGGGGCAUGUGAGCAGAGUGGUGAUCUGAGUCUGUGCAGACUUGUAGAUGCUGCUCGACCUCCAUCCUCAUCCCCUUCUGCUGCCGAAACUUCACAGCGCGAUUGCCCACCACACCCCAGCACCACGCCUCCAUCACCAACCCUCUCCCUCACCCCCUCCCUUGGCACCGAUCCUUCUUUUGGCCUGAAAGCAGCUGCCUGCCCUCCUCUCCAUGAGACUCCGACUGUAGAACCCCAUCUUCACCACACCCCCGCAUCACUUCCCACCCCAACUGUCACCUCCUGGGACCAAGGAGUUACCCAAAAGUCCUCCCUUCCGCUUUCUAUUGCCCAUCCUCUUUCAGUGACAAUGAUGGAGCCUGGGAAUGUGCCGCCGCUUGCGGAGGACCCUCUCCUGCACCCAGCCCGCACUUGUAUUGGGUGCUUUAUUGAGACACGUGACAACACAGGCACAGAUUCAAUCCAAAACCCAUCGCACGACCCAACCACAGAUCCAGUUUCCGACGCCGGGCUUAGCGUACGGUUGGGGGACGUGAGCCGAGAGGACUUUUCUGACAUUAACAACAUUAGCAUUCAGUGCCUAAGCCAUGCAGGGGAGGCAGUGAGUCACUAUGGAGAACAGCUCCUCUCUGAUCAGCUGCUUCCCUUUCCUUUGCCGAAGGGAUCAGCCGAGACUAAGCGUGCUGAUGUGAGCAAAACAACUGAGGACUGUGAAGAUGCGGAAGAAGACCCAACAGCCAAGAAUCUGUACGAGGGACUGUUACUGGACAAAGUGAGUGGUGAGGAGGUUCUGCUGGCCAAUGCUGGUCAAGACUGGGGCUACUUUGAGUCCUUCAUCAGCGAGAGUAAGAUGGAACUGCUCGACCUUUGUUCUAAAAACGAGCUGUCGGUCAACCUCUUCUCGGAGGAAGACGUGGACAACUUAUUUGAUGACGAAGACGAUGACUCAACAUUAAGCAGUGAUGUCUGUUCACUGAAGAUUCGCUAUGAAUCAUUCCAGGACAACAUGAGGGAAAAAACAAACGUGCUUCAGGAGGAAACACAGUUCAAUUUCUUCCCCAGUGUCCUCGCCAGCUGUGCUAAGAAAGAAGAAGGCGGCGAAGUUUUGAGGAGGAGCGCCGAUGAGGUUCAACCAAAAACCGACGAGCUUAUCCUGGAGACCGGGCAGGAUGAAAAAGCCAAUGACUGCAGUGGACAGAGUCCACUAGAUGGCUCCCAAGGUUCACCUAUGUCUGCGUCCAAGGUUAGCUACUUGAUGGACUUCAAUUCUACAGAGGAGUCUGGUGAAUUCAGCGAUGACAGCUCCUGCACCGGAUCCUCCUCUGACACGGUGCACGAGGGCAAAUUCAAGAAGGGCCCCUCGAAAAGAUUCCUUAGUCCCUCCAACCCACUCAAUUACGGCUUACGCUCCAAAAGAAAGGUACGAUACAGUGAUGACUACUUAUAUGACGUUGACUCACUGGAAAGCGAAAAGAACGCGGAGAAGAAGGAGAAAGUCGUCCCGGGUCAGAAAGAAGAGGAAGAUGUCGAUUGGUGCCCUAAAAAACGUCGGAAAUCAUGUCGUAAAGAGCCGCCAGUGGUCAUCAAAUACAUCAUCAUUAACAGGUUCAAAGGAGAGCGGCUCAUGUCGAUUAAAUUGGGCAAAUUGGACCCUGUGGAAGCCCCUAUUAGUUUAACCGCCAGCACAGUUAGCAAGUAUGAGAUGCUAGCGCCUCUGAAGGACUUCUGGCGGGAAAGACAAAGGAAGAGACAGGAGCAGCUGCGACUUGCCGCCAGAGAUAAGCAGCAGCGUGGUGUUCAUCUAAAUGGCCGACACCAUCGCCCUUUUAACGCAAAUCAUCCCAAAAGAAAAUACAAGAUUGCUAACAGAAUUAAGGUUCAGAGAAUUCAUGCUGUGGAGCAAUCAGCAAUAGCACAGGUGUCUCUUCAGACUAAUCCGGGCCACGAAGGUGUCACCAAAGACGAGGUUAUGGAAGCAGGAAUAAUAACAGCUCUAGGCGCACCUGUCACAUUAGACUCUCUCAUGCACACUGUAAAAACCAAGAGCCGCUCCCAGGAGAUAGAGGAGAGAGAAAGGAGAAGGCUGGGUGAAAACACCGUAGUCAGGAUAAAGAAAUUCAAAAGUGAAGCCCGGCUGAGGAGCCUGAAAAUGAAGGAGGAAGGUGAGACGGCUGGGAGGGUGGCAAAUGGAAUGGAUGCUUGUGCGAUUGGAGGCCGGAUUGAGGAUGCCGUCGAUGAUUUAGAUCAUCAGGCAAAAAUGAACUUAGCUUCAGUCAAACCUCAUUUCACUGACACGAGUGCCGCGUCUCACACAUCUGAGGACAAAUUUCCCUUCAUUUCCUCAACAUGCUCCUCUGAUAAAGUGCCGGCUUCACAGGAGGUCGAGUCUGGUGUCCCUGUAAUCCCAGGAGGAUACCUGCAAACUCUAUUAGAUGCCACAGACUCCUCUGGAGGAGCUUCUAUUACAUACUUCCCUCAGCAGGCCAACCGGCAGCAGUAUCCAGUCGGGCUGUCCCUGGAAGAGAAACAGUUUCCGUCUCUGCAGCUGGCGCAGAGCUGUGUACUCUCCCCUCCGUCUGAGUCCGAGCUCCAGCAAUCCCCUCAAAACUGUCCCAGCUUCCCCCAGAUGUGGCACACACAAUUGUGUCCCGGCAGCCAAAACUUUGGCCCCGAAACCCCGGAAACUCCCAUCCUACCCAGCAACUUUUCAGCUUCUGUGCCAUUAAAUGACAGCAUGCCCGUGACUAACUACAGGCAGCUGAGCCCUGAGGGCGACGGGCUGAUGUAUGAGAAGAACUACCUGACAGAAACUGGCCUUCAGCCUGGGCCCGAUAUGCCGGUGUGUCAGUCCGCUUGUGUUGAGGGCCAGGUGCGAUACCAGAGAGGGUCCUUGUGUACAGACAAUGGCAGGCUGAUCAGCUACGACUCGGUCGGCUCUUUGUCGGCGUCCUCCAGCAAUUACAGCUCUUUAAGCCUCAAGUCUUGUGAGCGAGAAGGUGAGGAGGAGGGUCGGGAUACGUUCCUGGCUCACUGUAGUCCAAAAGUGGUGAUUCAGCAGAGUGUGGACGCCCUCACGCCUCUCAGAGAGUCCUCAGACCUGCUGGAUAUCUCUAACUUCACACCUGACAAGUUCAGACACUCCUCCCUGUCGGAGCUGUCCCCACCUGAGACACCUAACCUGUCUCCUCAGGUGGUGGGGCGAGACAUGAAGAUACCUGCUAAUGUUGGAAAGUACCAAGAGGUGAAUGACAUGACUAUGGACUGCAAUAGGGAAGUGAAAUGGAACUGUGAAGUCAUGCAGCAACAGGAGCAUACAGGCAACGCGUUCACCGCUGAAGAUGGUCACCUGCUGCACAACUUCAACAGUGAGGACGUCAUAUGCUUAGAUAAGAAGGAGCUUUGUGGUAGUGAGUUUGACGAACAGACAGGUGAAGCUGCAAAGAGCAUCAAGUCCAAGAAGAAGGGGAGUUGUAAACAAUCAGCUGCCGGACAAAGCCCAAAGAAAGUCAGAGGCCCCAGAGCUCCCAAGUCAGAGAAAGUCAAGACGCCCAAGCAAAACUCUCGGUCGACCAAGAAGAUAAAGGCCAUGCUGGAGGGGAAGGCGGCGAAGAGCCAGGCUGGCGGCGCCGGUCUUAACGAUAGUUGCAGCACUGGAGACUGGUCCGGCACCGGCUGGUCAGAAAGCAACAAUCUUGUAGCAGAUGACCAGAGAGAAUUCGAGGAGCCGUCCAACAUACUGUCCAACAUUGUCUCUGGCAUGGCCGAGGUCCAGAGGUUUAUGAUGGCAUCCAUUGAGCCACUGUGGAAUCCCAUGUCGGAGGCCUGCAUGCCCUCUGAGGCCAACAGCCUCAACCUAAAGACACUGAAAAUCCUGGCUGGCACCGAGGCGGACCUGAAGAAGAAGGGAGCCAUGCUAACGGGCGCUGGGCGCGGCAGAAAGGCCGGCGGGAAAGGAGUGAAAAACCAGUCCAAGUUCAACCCCGCUCACCCCCUGUUUCCCCAGCUAGCUCUUGGCUGCAACAUGUUCGACAAGCCCAACUUCAUCAACCCGGGGCCCGCGCACAAAAAGCUGUACCGCCACAAGACCAGCGCCAAGUUCCCUCGGAUUGAAACACUGAAGGGGAAGCGAGCUGAGAGGGACCCAAAUAAGGACAUAGCACUGAUGACCUCUUUUGAGAAACUGAGGUAAUAUUUCGUUCUCAGCCGCUGUUGCACCCCCUUCUCUCUUUCCCCACCACCUGCUCAGCCCUUCCUUCCAAGCAUACCCACACUGACGCUAUGCCAGAGCUGCAUGACUACUACGUUCCCCCUGACUACUCCCAAUCCCUUUUAAUCUCCCGAAAGAGGAAAUUAAUAUCUGCAUGAAAAACUUCUUGUACUUUGCAAACUACCUAUUGAGUGAUUGUGUCAAGCUUGAUUGAGAUUUGAAACAACCAUGGCUGCAUUUUUCUUGCUUUUGUUGUUUAAGCUUCUGUUUGUUCUUCUUAUUGUUGUUUUGAUCAUUUAUUUUUGUCUGAAAAUAAUAGAAUAAGCCUUGAAUACAGUUCUGUCGCCUUUUAUGAGGAACUUUUGUUUUUGUAUUUUCUCUCUGCAAAUCUAUCUCCUCUGAAUUAUGUAUUUGCACCCUCUUUUCCCUAAAGAUGUAGCUAUACAAACAAAUGCAUUGAGUGACAUCUACGCAACCCUCCUCCUCAUCUGUUUUUGUAUGCAGAAUAUGGAUGUCCUGUUGUUGCUGUCCUUCAUACACUGCCUGGCUCAUUUCAAGAGGAAAACCUACUAUAAUGAGCCGUAUAUAAGCCCAAGACAUCUUGAAAACACAAGAUGGGGACCAUUUUUUAUUGACGACAUAUCAGACAUUGUCUUAUCCCAACCUCCCACCCCCCCACUCCAGGUUGGAAUGUUUUUUUUAAAAGCUUUUUUUUCCAUCUGGAUUGAAGAGGAACUGACCUAAGGUUACAUUUUCACGCCUUGCAAAUUCAUGAAAGCGCCACCCUAAGAGUAUUUUUGUCAAUGUUGUUGUACAGGAACAUGCAAUAUUUGCAAAAAAGAUUAUUAUUAUAACCUGAAAUCAAUGUGCCAAAAGUAACAAUGCUGUGUAAAUGACCUCUGAUAUAUGUGUGAAUAUUGGUUGUUCCUCUUUUUUAUCCACCUGUUUGAGUUGGAGUCUCCGACCAAUGCAGGUACACUUCAUUUGGGACUUUUCUGUCUUCUCUGAUGAAAGGCACCAACAGCUGGCAGUGGUACCGCCACGUACUCAAACUAAUCAGGAGGACUUUGAAUCCUCCUCGUUUCCCGAUACUUUGUCUGCCAAAUUCAAUUUACCUCAACAUCACCUGGCACUGAGAAGCGACAAAAGAGAGACAAAGAGGAAAUCUGCUCUGAAGGCUGCAGUACAAGACGAAGAUAAAUACAGAGAUGUUCAAACAUUCUUUCUUUUGACCGAGGAUAGUGUAGAACAGAUGAUGGGGUGAAGCAAUUAAAUGGUUUGCCAGUAGGGGCUUUCUGAAAACCUGUUUUGCAGCACAAAUUCAAGGCAGUUCAUCACACACGCGCACGUCUUUCAACUGUGAGUGAACAGCUCCACUGCGAAUGUAAAAGUGGUACAGUGAUUUGGUGAAGGGAGGAAAGCAUGUGGAAGCUGUUUUUAAUCCUCUGAAGAAAAGACCAUGAUUUGAACAUUUUCUCGUAUGUUUCGGAUUUGUGUUCCAUUUUUUUUUUUUUUUUGCGUUGUUUCAACAUCCAUAUCUUUAUCUCAUCGUUGUUCUGGAAUGACUUCAGUCUCCAAGUCAGAUGCUCGUCAUCAGAGUACCUGCUUAAAAUGAUUCACCUGUGUUUUUGGAUCGUCUGCCGGCAAAUAUUGAAGACAUCACGUCUCUGGGCUUGGCAGCUGUUCACACGUCUGCCGGUUUAUGACAAUACUGAAUCAUCAAGUGUGUCUGGAGGGUACUGUCAGAGGUUUCAGUUUUUAUUUUGAAGUGUGCACAAACCUACCAGAUGGCUGUCAAAGAUCCUGCAUUGAUUAUUGAUGCUACUGAUAAAAAGUAUUGAUCGACAUCAACACACAAGAGGUGUAGUACAAUCUGCUGGUGGAGUAAAAGCUCCUUGACUCGCCACAGAAACUAGUUCUCACUGCUGGUUCCUUUUAUUUGGUCGUUGCUGUUUCUUCAGAGUCGAGGUGGCGCCUUCUCCUGGCUGUUUUCUCCAAUCAUGAGGGCGACCAAAACACCAGCGUGGUACUGCCCCGGUGAACCGGUUUAGAAAAGCCUUUCCGCUAAGCUGUGCAAUUGAAGAGAUUUUCGAUCCGUUUAAAAAAAAGAAAUACCAUGCCUUUCUUUCUUGCACGCUGUCUAGUCAUCGUGUCAUUGUCUCACAUUGGAUGGCAUUUUUCGUGGCCACGCCUUGGUGUUCUCGAGUGUAUCAGGGUUAGGACCAAGACAAGCUGCUGAUGGAAGCUCCACACGGGCUCACAGCCCACUGAGUCUGCCUUCUCUCAUUCCUGCCUAUUGUCAAAUUGAAUGUAAUUCUCAUUGUUUUUUGUUUCUUGUUUUUUUUUUUUCUAUUUGAGUUGAUAAAUUGUGCCACUGUUGAGCUGCCUCAUUUUCACGGUGCUAAGGAAGGUGACAAAUUCUUCUUUUGGUUUGAUUUAGGGGGUUUGUUUUGUUUUCCUCAGUUAAAAAAUAAAUGCAAAAUAGAUUAGGUAUCUAACCCUCUUUAUGAAUGUAUAUUAAAAUGUUCUGUUCGAUGUUCUCACGUCACAAUUCUUUGACAUUGAUUGGAAUUACUUUUGCUCUUUUCAUUAAAAGAUUACCGAGCUUUAUAUAUACUGUCUAGAGUUGUUACCAGAUGGAAUCUUAAUGAACUCUUGACACGACAAAAUCUUGUAUAUUUUUUGUGUGCCAAUUUGUAACAUAUUUUGUAAGUGUAUAUUUUUCUUAGAAAGUGCUGUGAAGUAUUUGUGUGUGUGAUUAACCUUUUAUGCGCCUUUGUGGGCUGUGGAAAGGAUAUAAAAUGACAAGUUUCUGGUUUUAAAAACCAAAAUAUGAAAGUAUCAACAGAAAACUAGAAAUAUUUACAUUUUGUUGGAAGUUUUGUAAUAAGACCAUGAUCUUGUUGUGAGAGUGUUGUGUUACUGUGAAAAACACAAAUAAGCAAAGAAAAAAAAAAAAGAAAACUUGGAAAAAAUAUAAUUUGUGAACAAUUUGCUGUUUUAUAGAUUUUCAUGUAAAUUAUUUGAGUAUUAUUUUGUUUUUGUUGUAACUGUUGCAAAGGUUUUAAAUAUUUGUGAUCAAGCCUGUAUGGUGAUAAUGUAAUAUUGGUAACUUGCUGAGUUUUGUAAUAAUGUUUAUGGAGUAAAUAUACAAAUUAAAAUACAGUUUUGAAUGCUGCUUUCUGAAGAGAGUUGGGUUGUGUUUUUUACGCUUUUAUCUGUACUUUGGAUGCGGUCGCAUUCCCGUGCAACUGGGAAAGGUGGAGGACUGUCCUCCUCUUGGUGCCCCUCACAUCCUCUUACACUGCGACCUCCCGAGGAGAUGAAUUUUAAAGAAUGAUACCUGUCCUAUUGUGGCCCCCUGUGACCUUUACACCCCCCCCCUUGUCACACCAACCCUUGUCAUGUCUUCCUCCAAUGCAUCCAUGAACCUCGCUGGACACAUUCCUCUUCUUCUUUGACCUGGUUUCUCCAUCUCCAACAUCCAUGGUCCCACAUGCCCACUGUCUCUCCUGUCCACACCAACUGGUCCCCACAUGAGCUUUACCUAUCUGAUACUGUUUUUAAUCUUGUCCCUCACCCACCUAUCAUGACUCCCUCCACUGUCCUGUCCUUUUUUUUUUAAUCGUAAAAACCGAAUUUUAGAUUUUUCCCCAUGAUCAGAAAAUGAUACACAGCAUGCAAAAUGUGCCCUUUAGAUUUUUCAGUAUUUUUUAUUUAAAUGAUUGCACUUACAGGUAACUUUAUAACUACACCCAAACCUUACUUUGCAUUAUUCUAUGAGGGGAUUUAAAUAACUGGUCCUUGUAUCUCACCUGUCAAAGUCCAUUAACAAGCAGUUUAUUUCAAACCUGUAUCAAAUAUACAACAACAGCUCUCCCACUUCAAUAUGGUUUGAAAGAUAGAAAAGGAGACGAUAGAAUAAUAACUUAUGUAUAAUAACUUAUAACAUAAUUUCUGCCCUUUUCUAAUGUCCUUUUUUGCGAGACAGAAUGUCAGCUUUAUGUUUUAGACUUCCAUUUUACAGAGUUGUGUCAGUAAACGUCAGCCAAGAUUGUUGUAGACUACAGAUGUGGAUCACUUGAAAAUCCUUAAGUGAAUCCUUGUUUUUUUUUACCAUGUCAUUACAUUACAUGUCUAUUACCUGACAUUUCUGAACGUCUGAGUCAAUACUCCUCAUUCCUGUUACUUAAGGAAAGUAAGGAGAUGCACUUUUAUGUAAUAUUUAUCGGUGUGAAAAUGAUCACAGAUGGAGGAAAUAAAACACAUCUUUUGUGUCUUUUUAUUUUAGGAUCAUUUGAAAACCAAAGUUGUAGCCUGGCUCUGUCAUUUUUGGAGAAUCCAACUGGAACUCAUGAGCAGACUUUGUCUCAGUCACCUCCUCACUACAGGAUGAAGGAGGGACUUUCACCCACCGAUAACAACAUGACGACAUUUUUCAGGGGUUUGAUCCCUGCUUUGAAAAAGGCGUGUGAACACAGCCCAAAUCAUUAGUCCGUUGCUGUUUGCUAGUCCAGAAGCCUCUUAGAGGAGAGGCAUUUUAAUUUCUGCACGUCUGCCUCAUGUUAUUUUAAUGUCAUAUCUAAUUAGCACUCAGGGUCAGGCUUUGCUGGAGUGACUGCUCAUCCAUAACUCUGAGCCGGGCCGCUGCGGUCCGCGCUGCAACUCAUCCUGGCAUGCUUAAUUGGAGCUGGAGAUACUGUCUCAGACCAUAAACACCGCCUGUGAUGUCUGCCUCUUCAAUUGUCAGGUGCUAUUAGCUUUGUUUUGCUCUUUAGUCACCCACAACAGAUAAGAAAGCCAGCUAUACAUGGAAGGGCUCUGUGGAUGCUUCAGAUGAGAUCUCCAUUAUUUCAGCACGUGGAACCAUCCGCAGCUUCCUCAUUAGCCGGGCUCCGUGUGCUGGUGUUGAAAUUAAAAUGGGCUUUUGUUGGAUGGAGUCCGGCAGAUGAUGCCAACGAUGAAGUUUUUAUGAUCAAAAAUAUUUCCUCUGUAAACUGCUGAUACAUAAAUGGCACAGUGGCAAAACGGAAGCGCAAAAGACAAAUUUGCAAUACGGAAUUUAACAUUCUAUUAUUUUCAGGAAGAGAUGGAUUUAAAGGCAGAACAUCUCAGGUUCAACUGCAGCUUGAGGAAUCUCUGAGGUCGCAGUGCACCAUGGGUUUCCUCUCAUGUAAACUGUGAAGAAGCCGCAUGAGUGGCUGUGAUUCAACUUGUCUCCUGCCUCUCACCCUAUGUAGCUGGAAACCUCAGUCUCUGCAAACCUAUUAUUGGAAGAAAAUGAAUUAAUAUUUAGCCACGUGUAAAAAGGUGAUUAAAAAUAAAAUAUUGUUGUCCCUAAAAUACAAAUAAACACCACCUUAUUUUGGUCGGAGGAAAAGAAGCUACACUUUGGGAAACUGGAAUGAGAGUCUGCUGUAAAUUUAAUUUUGUACUGUAGUAAAAAGGCAUUCGCCAGAAUUAUUACGCCCUUACCACCACCACCUGACAUUAAAAAUGUCUUUCAAAUUUCUAAAAUAAAAUC